AUGGCAGCAAUAAGUGAGCCAAAUUCUCCAUCUCUAACGCAGAAACUAAAAUCCACGUUUUGCCUGUCUCCAUUUCGCAAACACAAUCACCACCAUCGCCGCCAUCAUGUGUCAUUUAGUGCAGUGGAGAAAGAUAUUAAUCAUGAAAUGCUUGACGAUCAAGUGGUGCAAGAGGAGAUGAAUGUUGAGUCUCGUGAGGAUGUAAAGGUUAAUAAGACAAGCUUUUUGUCACGUACGGGAAAGCACGGACACGGACAUAGGAGGCGUCACUCUGUAUCAGCGGAUUUUCACUAUGAUCCUACCAGUUAUGCCCUGAAUUUUGAUGAAGGUCAAGGUAGUGAUAAUGGUACUCAUGGGAGUUCUGAGUCUCCUUUGAGGAGUUUUUCUUCAAGACACCUCUGUCUUAGCAAAUGGGGAGAGACCAUAUGGACCGUGGCAUGGGAUCCAUUUGGAACUGAAUUUGGUAUUCGUGAGGCAGACACCGAUCUUACAAAUGUCGAGAGACCACUUGGAUCAUGGAUGGCCAUGGGAUCACUUCAUGAUGGGUCAAUUAAUUUGGGACGCUACAUCAUCAUCAAAAACAAGAGUGCAUCAAUUACCUUGACUGAUGCAUGCUUUGGUGGAGUAGGCAGCAAGAGCAAGGAAACUUCCCGACGCCCCCACCUGAGGCUUUGCAUGGCAUCCCUUGCAUGUGUUGGCUGCCAAACUUCUAACCAAGAUUAUUACGCGCUAGCGAGACCCCACAAGGGCAUGGCAUUUGGCGAAUAUUAUUAG